CCAUGCUCUUCCUUCCUUUACCCCUCCUAGGUCUGGACGAUAGGGCAUCCAUCCAUGGCAUGCUGCAAGUGAGGUGGCGGCGAGUUCUUUCAGUCCACCUACUUUGCUUGCUCUUGCUCGGUUUCCCCUUUCCUUUGAAGAUUUGUGCUCUUCUAGUCUUCCCUGAUGGAGGGCGUCGUCCUCAUCGGAGCGGCGAAGUGAAGGCUGCAGCGGCCAGCGCUGUACCUGCUUGCUAUCACCGGCCAUCAUCUGGCUACUGUCACCACACAUGUAAGGAGCAUCGCCGGGCGGCCUAGCCAAGGCCCCGGAAGCAAUACCAACUGACAAUGGAGGUCGGCGACAGGACGACAGCGAUGCCCGCAAUUCUUUGCAAUUUUGUGCCAUCGUCCAUGUCACGCCACACAAUUCGUGCAAGUCCCACAAAAAUUGAGAAGAACAAAAAAAGUAUCCCAAUUCGAGCCAUCGAUCAUCUCGUAUGCACACGUGCGUCAACCGCGUCAGGAGAUGGAAAGGCGUCGGCGACGCUGGAAGAGCACCUUGGCAUCGGCGAUGGCCUUGGUGCACGAGCUACUGGACGCCCGGCUCGACUGCGAGAUGCGUCCGGAACAGUGAGUUGAGGGUGCGGGGGAAGCUCCGGAGGAGGCGGUUCACCGGGCUGACGCGCACCAGCUCACGCUUCAUGCUCACGUGGUUCUUCACCAAGUCGGUGAGCCGUAUCCGCAUCCGCACCACCUCCAACUUCACCUCCGAGUUCUCCCACCACACCAACGUUUAGUUGUCCUGCGGCAACAUCGCGUCGCUUCCUAUCCCGUUCCACGACCACAUCCCACCGCCUCCGGAGGCGAAAUUGCUUGAAGUAGAGCACAUGUGCGGCCAUCUGCAUGGGCAGCCGCUCGUUCCGUGCCGCGUGCAAAUCCCGUGCCGUUGCCCUGAUGACGGGUCGGCCCCACAAGAUUACUUGGCGGGUUGGACCAUGUCAAAGUGCCACGCCAGCGAAACUGCGUUCUAAAACAGUUAAGGAAGACAAAUUACACCGGUUUUAAUAGAUUAGGAGCCAAGGUAUCCGGUAUUACGGUUUAGUGAUAGGAAUCAAAUUAGAGUCAAAGUGAACUUGCAUAGCAAUGUGUGGGCUGCUAGGCAGAUCGGGCACAGACAGAACACUGCCCAAGAAAUGUUCUAACGAAUUUCAGGCAACACGUGCGAAACAAACCAUGAUUCUAAGUAGCUUAUGAAAGUAUGGCUUGUCUUCUAAAAGUACAGUUUCUCUAAAAACUUCCUACAUCAGCAUCCAUUAGAUAAAACUUUUUCCAAAUUACUUGUCAGGGAAUGUAUCCUAUGCACACAAGUUCUUAUCUAUAAUCUAUCCAACCAUCCAGUUAGAACACACCCUAAUAAUCCAUAGUACUCGAGAGUUUGAGACUAUGAGGUACUACUGAGUUUGUCGGUUCAGAGAUUCUGGUACCCCAAGGCUUAAUCUUCUGGCGUAACAAUGUGAAGGAUAAACAAGUGGGUGAUUUUGUGAUGCAUUCUGUAUUCAGAAGAGACCAUGCCAAGUGCCAAGAACGUGAAGCUACCAACUAAGUCCCAGGAAUGUUCCGUCACAACAAGUGAGUAUAAAAGUCACUUCGGUUAAGAUCAAGCAUGGCGACCAAGAGCAUGAUCCCGAAGCCAAGAGAGUAGAACGGGAUUAAAUUCACCUUUUACGGUCUCGCACAAUGCAGAGAAGAUCAUGGCGCGGCACACGUGGGUCAUCUCCUUGCUCCUCACCUCCGCCGUGGCUGGUGCGUCGCGGCAGCCGCCCGCGACCGCAAGCCAAGGACCGACAUGGACCGGCCUUGCCGGAGAGCAAGAAAUGGAAGGAGCAGCCACCGCUUCAUCCGCAGCGCCGGUGGCUUCGCUGUUCCCCGGCCUCCCGCCAUUGCCGCCGCUGCCAGCGCUCCCCGCUCUGCCGCCGCUUCCACCGCUGCCCGCCUUACCGCCGCUGCCACCGUUGCCGCCAUUGCCGCCGCUCCCUUCACCCGGGACGACGACGACGCGGCCGCGGCCACCAUCGCCACCGCCGACGGAGUGCCUGACGUCGCUCGUGGAGCUGCUGCCGUGCGUCGACUACCUCACCAACGACGCCACCGCGCCGCCGGGCGCCUGCUGCGACGGAUUCAGGUCGCUCGUUGGCAGCGCGCUCAUCUGCCUCUGCCACGGCAUCAAUGGCGACAUGAGCAGGAUGAUCUCCAGGCCCAUCGAUCCGGUCCGCAUGGUGCUCCUUCCCGCCAUGUGCAGCACCAUGCUGCCGCCGCAGUCGCUUUUCAUAUGCUACACGGAAACAGUGCCACCAUUGGUGCCAUAGUUCUACGGUGCAUAUGCUACUGUCUUCAGUAACGCGUUCGGCGUUCGGCCAUACCGUGCAAAUUACUUUACAAUUCUUGUCUUCUGAACAUUCGAUUUCGAAAUUUUGUUUUUCAGACUGAGACCGAUCGAUGUAAAAGCAGAUGGGAUAUAAAGUUUCAUCAAGAUUAACUGCUGAUUUUCUUAAAAAAAAGAAAGAAUUAAUUGUUGAUUA